ACUAUUUUUGGUAACUGUCGGUUGAUUUGUUUUCACAUCUAUUGAGAUUAACAGCUUCUUAAAAUAGAGCAUAGAGCUGGCUGAUCACACUUCAAAAAUAAAAAUAACAACUAUAUAUAAACUAUUACCCAAUGUGAACACAAAUAUUUAACCAUUCCAAUUUCUAAGAAAAAUAGUAAGCCAAAAAAAAACUCAAAGGUGUGGUGGGAAAGGAAAAGCCAAAGAAAACAAAUGUAAAUUAGUUGAUUAAAAUCUUUUUUUUCUCGAAUAGCAAGACAAAACCAUUCAACAAAAACGCUGCCGUAUCUUAGUGGACGUCUCCGUCGUAAAUGGCCAUGGGGGAGCCAAAGCCAAGGGUAAGCGGUGCUUCUUCCUCCACGGACUCAUAUUCAACCCCUUCAGCGUCUCCGACACCAACUCCAGCUCCACGUCAGCCCGUCACGUUACUCGAACCAUCUCACCAACACAAGAAAAAAGGCAAGAAAGUCUUCCGCGUCUUCCGCUCCGUGUUCCGUUCUUUUCCCAUCAUCACACCGGCGGCUUGUAAAAUCCCGGUCCUUCCGGGAGGUAGCUUACCCGACCAGCAUCGAAGUGGGUCAAGCGGGUCAAGAGUCUCCGGGACCUUGUUCGGAUACCGUAAAGGCCGUGUAAGCCUCUCAAUUCAAGAAAACUCUAAAUGUUUUCCAUCUCUCGUCGUCGAGCUAGCGAUGCAAACAAUGGUGCUACAAAAGGAAUUGAGCGGAGGAAUGGUUAGGAUCGCUUUAGAGACGGAGAAACGUGCGGACAAAGAGAAGGUUAAGAUAAUGGACGAGCCGUUAUGGACAAUGUAUUGUAACGGUAAGAAAACGGGGUACGGUGUGAAACGUGACGCGACGGAGGAAGAUCUUAACGUGAUGGAGUUGUUAAGACCGGUUUCGAUGGGUGCUGGUGUUUUGCCUGGGAACUCGGAGGCUGAAGGACCUGACUCGGAGAUGGCUUACAUGAGGGCUUACUUUGAGCGUGUCGUUGGGUCUAAAGAUUCAGAGACGUUUUAUAUGUUGAGUCCCGAAGGGAAUAAUGGACCAGAGCUUAGUAUCUUCUUCGUGAGAGUUUGAUUUGAUGUAAUGGUCGGAGACAAAUAUAUGGGUACGUUCUUGAUUGUAUAUGGAUGGAGAAGGUGGCCGGAACGAAGAUAGAUCUCGGUUUGUGGAUUGAAAUGUGAUUAUCUAAUCAUGUUGAUAUGUCUAUGGGUGCAUAUGGGACGUAUUCUUUAGGAAUGUGAUGUAUUCUUUAGGAUGAUUUAUAUGAAACUAUUUCAGGUUAAUAACAUGCACAUUUAUUCAGGUCUAUUUUUUAUUUUAUUUUCAAAAAUUGACAAGGUUUAGUCACAUAAGCUGACAGUAGACUUGGCUCAGGCAGACGUCAAAGAAUGGAAACAGCAACAAUAAAGCAAAUACGGUCAACAGGAGUAAUCUUUUUGCAAAUCAUCGAGUCCGUUGGAAUCGACCUCGGCCAGGCCAUUUAAACUCCAAUUACGAUGCAGGUUAAGAUUCAACAACGAAUAAGGUUUUUGGUGGAUGGACUAUUCGGGAUCAUCAUGGUGUAUAAAACUUUCAAUUGGUCCGUCCAUUUGAGCUGUCCACACAGACUAUUACCUUUUAGGUUACAAUUAGUCGGUACGUAAUAGACAUCGGUCCAAAAAAUGUCUGAAUUCCAAAUAGACACUAUAGGCAGGUCAAUGGACGUCCAAUAGUAUCAAUACUUAUUUCUUAAUUAUUAUAGUUUUGUGCUGAGAUAAUUAUGUUUUCCAGUGAAACUGUAAAAUUAUAUGUUCUCUCAAAAAAAACAUAAAAUUAUAUUUUCUUGCCAAAACAGUAAUAUUAAGGAAUCUUAUUAUUUUUCGUUUUUCUGUAACUCG